AUGGCUGCAGCGGAGACCGCCUUGCCCUCCAUCAGCACGCUGACCGCCCUGGGCCCCUUCUCGGACACACAAGAAGACAUCCUCAAGUGGUGGCGCUCUGAAGACGUGCAGGACUUGGGCCCGGGCCCCCCCGACCAUACUGGGCCACCCCUCGACGUGAGACCUGAGCUGGAGGACGCACCUGGGGAGGACGAAGAUGAUGACAGGGACGCAGCUACCCCCUGGGACCUGGAUCUCCUUCUCACCAACUUCCCGUGCCCAGAGCCCGGCGGCGCGCCCCAGACCUGCGCGCCUCAGGCUUGCGCUCUGGCGCCCGGCGAGGGCUCCGGAGCGCAAUUCCCACCGCCGCCUGAGACUCUGGGCGCGUAUGCGGGCGGCCCGGGGCUGGUGGCUGGGCUCUUGGGCCCUGAGGAGCACCUGGGCUGGGCGCGCCCGGCCCCACGAACCCCGGCUCCCGAUACCUUUGUGGGCCCAUCCCUGAUCCCGACCCCCGAGCCCAAAGCGCUGCCGUUGCAGCCGUUGUACCCGGGACCGGGCGCGGGUUCCUCCGGCAGCUACUUCCCGAGGACGGGUCUUUCAGUGCCUGCAGCGCCGGGCGCCCCCUACGGGCUGCUGUCCGGGUACCCGGCGCUGUACCCGAUGCCGCAGUACCAAGGGCAUUUCCAGCUCUUCCGCGGGCUCCAGGCGCCGGCACCCGGUCCCGCCUCGCCCCACUCCUUCCUGAGUUGUCUAGGGCCCGGGACGACGGGUGCAGGACUCGGGGGGACUACAGGAGACCCAGGAGGGACCGCGGAGGCCGCGCCAUCCAAGCGCAGCCGGCGAUCGUGGGCACGCAAGAGGCAGGCUGCGCAUACGUGCACGCACCCGGGGUGCGGCAAAAGCUACACCAAAAGCUCUCACCUGAAGGCGCACCUACGCACGCACACAGGGGAGAAGCCAUACGCCUGCACGUGGGACGGCUGUGGCUGGCGGUUCGCGCGCUCCGACGAGCUGACCCGUCACUACCGAAAGCACACAGGACAGCGCCCCUUCCGCUGCCAGCUCUGUUCACGUGCGUUUUCGCGCUCCGAUCAUCUGGCCUUGCACAUGAAGCGUCAUCUUUGA